CCCUCCGCCUCCUCCUCUUCCUCAGUGAGGCGCUCCUCCAGCAGGCAGGCAGCAUGGCGGCUGUGGAGACGCGGGUGUGCGAAACAGACGGCUGCAACAGUGAGGCCAAGCUCCAGUGUCCCACCUGCAUCAAGCUGGGCAUCCAGGGCUCGUACUUCUGCUCGCAGGAAUGUUUUAAAGGAAGUUGGGCUACUCACAAGUUACUACAUAAAAAAGCGAAAGAUGAAAAGGCAAAGAGAGAAGUGUCUUCCUGGACCGUGGAAGGUGAUAUUAACACUGACCCAUGGGCAGGUUAUCGGUAUACUGGUAAACUCAGACCACAUUAUCCACUGAUGCCAACAAGGCCAGUGCCAAGUUAUAUACAAAGACCAGAUUAUGCUGAUCAUCCCUUAGGAAUGUCUGAAUCUGAACAGGCUCUUAAAGGUACUUCGCAAAUUAAAUUACUCUCAUCUGAAGAUAUAGAAGGGAUGAGACUUGUAUGUAAGCUCGCUAGAGAAGUUUUGGAUAUUGCUGCUGGGAUGAUUAAACCAGGUGUAACUACUGAAGAAAUCGAUCAUGCUGUACACUUAGCAUGUAUUGCAAGAAAUUGCUAUCCUUCUCCCCUGAAUUAUUAUAAUUUCCCAAAAUCUUGUUGUACCUCAGUAAAUGAAGUCAUCUGCCAUGGAAUUCCAGACAGACGGCCCUUGCAAGAAGGUGAUAUUGUUAAUGUGGACAUCACUCUCUAUCGCAAUGGUUAUCAUGGAGACCUGAAUGAGACAUUUUUUGUUGGAGACGUGGAUGAGGGAGCGCGGAAACUCGUUCAGACCACGUAUGAGUGCCUGAUGCAAGCCAUUGAUGCAGUCAAACCUGGUGUUCGAUACAGAGAAUUGGGAAACAUUAUUCAGAAGCAUGCCCAAGCAAAUGGGUUUUCAGUUGUUCGAAGUUAUUGUGGGCAUGGAAUCCACAAGCUUUUUCAUACAGCCCCCAAUGUACCCCACUAUGCCAAAAAUAAAGCAGUUGGAGUGAUGAAGUCAGGCCAUGUGUUUACAAUUGAGCCAAUGAUUUGUGAAGGUGGAUGGCAGGAUGAAACCUGGCCAGAUGGUUGGACUGCGGUGACAAGGGAUGGAAAGCGGUCUGCUCAGUUCGAGCACACCCUGUUGGUCACGGACACUGGCUGUGAAAUCCUAACCCAGCGACUUGAUAAUGCGCGGCCUCACUUCAUGUCCCAGUUUUAAUUUCUCACAAGAUGGCGCAUCUCAAUGACAUCUUCUUACUGUACUAUGCAUUUUAUUGAGAGUACAGAAAAGAAGAGAAUCUUUUUUAUCACUUGUUUUGUUUUGACUAUAGAUAAGAAAGGACUACUACAGCAUUUGAUGUGUGUCCUCAAGAACUUGUCUUGGGUCUGAAAAAGCUGAGAAGAAUAAAGGAAACAUUGCUCAACUCUUCAAUGCCUAGCCCCCCCUCACCUCCCCAUCUCUCUCCGUGCACCUCUUUUCUCAUUGGCCCUUUGAGCACUUUUACUUAAACCUGCUUCUAGUUGCUUUUAUCACUGCCUACGAACUGGCUAUCAAGAGCCAGCUGCUUUUCAGGUGAAUGCUGGAGAUGAGAAUCCUUGAAACUUUAGCAAUAUAUGUUGCACCAGAUUUUUAAAAUUAUCUAUAUGGAAAUAUAUAUGUAUAUGUUUUAAAUUCCAUAUACAUAAUCAACCAAACAUGAUGUGACCUGGGGUUUGUGUUUGGUUUUGCUCUGACAGGGUUAUGAGCUGUCAUACAUGGACCCAUAGUUUGCAGUGAUUUAAUUCCUGGUUGGGAAUUGGCUUCUCCCCUAUACCCCGUGAUGAUUAUUUACACUUGUUAAUUGUGAGUAGGUAAGACUCACUCAAUGAGACUUUCUCCAGUGUGCGUCCGUGUGUGUCAGUGAAUGAAUGUGAUAAAAUUCACUUUGGAAAAGGUUAUUAGGCUUUUUAAAGUCUAGUUUUUGGCGAAAGCAUAAAAAAAAGAAAAAACACAACUAUGCUCCAAGUGGUAGCUGGCUGUUGUAGGGCAAAAGAAUUUUGUAAUACAUUGCUAUUUCAGAUUUCUGCUUGGUCGGAAAUGGGAGGGGAAAAGACCCCCCUCUUCCCUUCUCUAUUUUAUUUCAAGGACAUACCCUGGAGGUACUCAGAGAAGGGUGAGGUCGCACUGUGGAGGAUGAUAGGGAGUGAGUUCUACAGUGUCUCCAGCUGUGAGCACAGUAUGUCAAGUGGACUGUCAGAUUCUAACCUGUAGUAGACCUGACAGUGAUGAGAAAGGAACUUCUUUGUACUGUAACUUUGCAGCAGGGAUGCAGCUGUCCCUUGGUGUGCUGAAACACACCUCAUCUUUAUGUAGCUGGGAGCCUCAUUACAUGUAGAAAUGACCUCAGCUGCCCAAUAUCUGUGUUCCUUUCAACCGUUGUCCAAAUAGGAGUGUAUCCUAUGAAAACAUAUCAGAUCAUAAAGUCAUUGUUAUUAGAGUAUACUUGAUUACUUAAAUCUGAUGACUUUCUUGUAAUAUAAUUUGAUACCACUGACAUUAAACUUAUAAGAGACCAUCUUUCCCAGAGUGCCUCAGACCAUAUUGCUUUAAAGUAAUUAUAAUAAUGUUUUCAUUACUUUUAUUAUUUUAAUGAUUUAGUAAAGCGACUAAAUCUGGUAUAGACUUUUGGGGGUAUGUGUGUGAAGUUUUUAUCAAACUGUAAUAUUUGUGAAUGGAAUGCCUUGCAAUAUGAAUGUUAAUAUAAUGUGCAAAGGGAGAUUAAAAAGUUUGAAUGAUUAUCCUA